UGCCCGCACAAUAUCCAAGAAUGGGACUUAGGACGUGGUCGCGGUUAGUUGUCCUGGCGAUACCCUUAUGGGCCGUAGCCUUCUACCUUUUGGUAGGAAUGCCUGUGCCCAGUCAUACGGCCAGUCUUGGGAGUGCCAAGGAGGAACAGCGACUACAGGAUAUAGAGCCAAAAAUCGGAACGGAUUCGGAACAGUCUAGUGGAUACUCGCGGGAGCCAGCAUUGCAUUCUCGAUUUGGCGAUAGACGCAACCAGAGGUCCACAAUCUUUGGCCACAGAUUGCCAAUUGUUUCACGUCCCAUUAUACCUAUCGAGCUGGAUCUUUUAAUGGAUACCGACGAGGAAAUCCGUCCAAAAACCAAACGCUUUGACGAUUACGGCCAUAUGAGAUUCGGAAAAAGAGGCGGCGACGAUCAGUUCGAUGACUAUGGUCACAUGAGGUUUGGCCGGUAGACCCAGUAAAAAAAAUCCGGCGUUUUAAUCAGGGUCCUUGAGUGGUUAGCUUUUGUAAAUAGUACAUGCCGAUUCGCAUACACCAUUACUGCUUAUAACAUUAAAUGUAGUGUAGAAUAUAUAAUAAAUGAGCGCAUUGCAAAAUUCAUUCUAAA